AUGCAGUCCUCUGCACGACGCCUCUCUGCGCCGCUGGCCCGCUGCUCAAGGCGGCACAUCCACUGCUCUGCCUCCGCUCGAGACCUCGUCGGGCCCCCCGACCCAGUCUCCAACCUGCGCCCCGUCUACUACGACGACCCCCUUCCCGCCCCCGAGGCGAAACCACGCCCAAGACUGCGCCAUCCGUACUCGCUCAGGGAGUUCUCCGACCCCGACGUGUCGACCGCGGAGCCGAGCAUCCACGACCUCGAGCUGCAGUACAAGCUGCUGAGGCAGCAGACGGACGCAUUCAACCAUGCGUUCUGGACAGACAGCAACCUCCGGUUUGAAUCUGCCAAAGCCACCAUCCUGCAGAGCCUCCCCUCCUCCAGCACGCCCACCGACCGCGACACCGCUCUCACCCACUUCUACCAGCAAUGGCUCAACCAGGAGUCCGCGCGGCAGGAGGAGUACACCGCGGAGUGGCGGCGGCGCAACUGGGACGGCAUCGUCCUCGCCGCCCGCCUCGAGUACGCCAAACUCAAAGCCAAGUUCUCCGGCGCGGGCGCAGAUUCGGACGCAUGA